AUGAUGUACCUCGCACUUUUAUUCGUCGCCUUUGCAUCUAUUUCCUCGUGUCCUGUUCCAACCAAAAAAGUCGUCAACUAUGAGAAUACAAUUCUCCACAAGGAUAACAGCCCAAAACCGAUCCACAACGUAGCACCAAUAAUGAAUUCUGCGCACGAUAACCUUAAUCUACUAAAAGCUAUUGAAUCGUCGACCCACUCCUACCCGGAGUACGAAUUCGCCUACGGUGUUUGGGACCCCAAAACGGGUGACCACAAGGAUCAGUGGGAGAAGCGUGCCGGCGAUCGAGUCCGUGGGGUAUACAUGCUGGUGGAGGCGGAUGGAACGCAACGAAUCGUCGAGUAUGAAGCGGACGACAAGCGAGGCUUUAGGGCCAAAGUAACGAAUGUCGGCCAGAAGCACCUGGAGGAAAAAAUCAAAUGGAAAUCGGACGGUUAUGGCGUUGCAACCAGCUAUAACAUGCUCACUAAGGCCAAUUAGCAGCUACUUUGGUGCCCGAUGGUUUCUGUGGGAAUGAUAAG